UGAAAUCGGCCAUUAUUUAGUCUCGUUCACGAUUUGGAGGGGUCAAAUGGCCGAUUUCUGUUGCCUUUGUAUGUUUAACAAUUACGCUGCACAUGGAUGAAAACUGUAAAGGCGGGCAACCGAUAAAUGAACUUGAACUUGUGUUGUUACAAGCUUUUGUAAACACGCUUUCCAGAAGUAUAUCGAAUUCGAGUUCAAAGUUCAUGGCGGGUUUUCUCGAUGAUGCACUUCCUGGUAUUUUUUACACAGCUCUUUUUAUGGAAGUAAUCUGCCCAAUUUGUCUGUUGAUUAUUAGGUACUGUACACGGUGUUUGUUAGAAGUAUGGUAUGCGCCCAUGUACGUGAGAUUAUGGUGCGGUGUGGCUUUGCAGUCGCCGUACUUUCGUGGGAGGUCAACGCCGUAUUUACUGGACCUCAAGACACAUCUGUCUUGCGGGGAGCCACUGCAACACUGUACUGCAGAAACCCUGAUUACACAGGGCCAGGCAUCACCCAGUGGAGUGAAGGAGGAGUUGUAUUCGCCAAUGAGGGAGGUCGCUUUGGGUCUAAUACUAAAUAUGACAAUUUUGAUGUCAUCACAUCUUCAUCGACGCCAACAACCCUGCUGGAUCUGCGAAUAAACAGGGCUGAAAUCUCAGACGAAGGAACAUAUGAAUGUCAAAUAACGCCAGACAGAAAAACUGCAACGCUGAAAGUUGAAAUUGAAGGAAGUCUGGAUGACAUUUCAUUUGACGGUGAUUCAUCAGGGAAUCCCAUCAUCCUGAGAGCGUUGGAGCCAAGCGUGCUGAGAUGCACAGCCAGGGGCUUCAGACCAGCAGUCACUUUGGAGUGGUACAAGAACAGUGUCCAGAUAACAACAGGCGUCAAUCCAGAGGCACCUACUCCUAACGGAGACACAUUUGACACAUCGGGCACGCUGACAUUUACGCCAACUAGGCAAGACAAUGAAGCCAUCCUAGAAUGCCGAACAACAGGACAGGUGGUCGCCCCAGCCAAAACAGCAUCGCUCACUCUCAAUGUACAAUAUAUACCAGUGGUCUCAGUUGGGUAUGCUAAUGAAGUGAUAACUUGCUCAUCGGAUGCCAACCCACUGGCUAUCAAUCAUAAGAUCAUCCUGAACGGUACUCAGGUUGUGAAGGAACUCACGACCAGCCAAGGAUCUCAUCCAUUCACUCCAGUAGAUGGCUGUACUGCCAUCAGUUGCAAUGCUACAAACACAGUGGGAACAGGAACAGCGACUUUUCUUGAAGAAAUUUGCCCAGCAUACGUCGAACCGCAACCAGUGACAACAGUUCACAUGGAAGUCCAGCCACCCACAAAGUCUCCUGGACAGACUACAGAUUCUUCGAUGAUACCAGAAAUGGUAGUCAUAGCUGGGCCAGCAGUGGCAGUCGUGAUACUUGUUGGCGUUGCUGCCGUUGUUUCUGUGUUACUAUGGAGACGCCGUCGUGGACAGAAACGAACGCAUGCAAAGCGAGAAAUGGGACAAGAUGGCGGAGUUGCCACGGGAAACUUGAAGCAAGAUCCAAAUCUGCACAGCAAAGACCGAAUUAGGCCUACGCCAAGACAAGCUAAACCCGAUCCAUACGAAAUUCCCUUGAACCCGGUAGCCACACACGUGGUUUACGAAUGUGUGGCUGAAAAAGACGCCGUUGUGCAAGCUACAUCUAUACAGGGAGGAGCGUACGGCAACGUAGGACCAAACCUCUCAUUCUCGCGAGAUCUCCUGGAGAUUGGGAAGGAACUGGGGCGUGGCGCGUUUGGGAAGGUGCUGCUUGGCACGGCUCGCGGGAUCAAGGAGGACAGGAAAGUCACAAAGGUUGCUGUCAAGACUCUCAAAGAGGGCGCUGACAGGCAAGCAAGGAUGGAGCUUCUGGCCGAGCUGGAUCUCAUGAAAAAAAUGGGUUCUCAUCCAAACGUCGUCAAGCUACUGGGAUGUUGCAUUGAAAAAGAUCCUGUAUACAUCAUAGUGGAGUACCUUGGAAAGGGUGACCUGAAAAANCAGUAG